UGCGAGUGAUCGCCUUUCGACGUGGUUGUGUGCGUCAGUAGAGCGCUCUCGAACAUUUCCGAUAAACUUUUUCUCAUACACGUGGUGUUUAAAAUGACGUAUAGUGCUGCUUUUGGUGCAUAUAAACAGUGAUUAUUGUUGUGUUUUGUGCAGUUAUUUGUGUUAUUAGGAUUGUCCAGUUACCGGCAUUGUAGUGUUCCUGCGUUGAUUUGGUUGGAGACCUUGGAAACCACAAUUCCGAUAGUUGGCGUCCUAAGAAUUCUCUGCAGAAACAAACAUGCGUGCAGCGCUGUCUUUCCUCUGCGUCUGCUUCUACGCAUUACUGUCAAGUGGAACGACAAGCGGAGAUGACACGAGGUGGUUGCUUUCACUCUUGGAUCUGGUGGAAUUUGAUUAUCAAGACCAAUGCGGACAGAGAGCGACUGCAGCCUGGGAUGAACUUACUGGAAACAGCAAAGGGUUAUCUUUGAAGAUGGAACGCGACAAAUCAUUUGGUAUUUUUGCUCGGCAGCAAAAGAUGGAUGUCAAAACAGCUUUCAAAUCACAAUCACUAACAUCGUCCGAUGAUAUACUGCGACGAAGAGUGAAACUGCUCCUCCAACCUGGAGAUUCUAUAAUGGAAACUGAACAGUGGAUCCGAUUGGUGACAUUCGCAGACUAUUCCAUCAAUCGUCUAAGGUUUGCUACGGAUUAUGAUUGUGGACCAACAAAUUGUACACUCAGAGAACUACACAAUAGCUUGGCAAGGGAACAAGAUGAGGAAAUAUUAAAGCGAAUGAAAUUGUCUUGGGAGAAAAAAUUGCCGGAUCUUACAGAGUACCUCGAAAACAUUCUUCCACUACUCAGGAACGCUAGCAAGGAGAAUCUUUACAACUCAGUAGAAGAAUAUUGGGAUGCCCUCGGAGAAUACGAAGGAGGAUUACUAAAGGCUCGGGAGAUUUGGGAUAACGUUAAACCCUUAUACAUGAAAUUGCAAAAAUACGUGGCCUUAAGACUGAAGGGUAGCGAAGCUGUUGGAAAGCCUAUACCGAUUCAUUUAUUAAAAUCUCUCAUGGGUGAUGACUGGUCUAAUCUUAUUGAGAUCCUUUUGCCGAAGCAUUCAGAUAUUUACCAGAAAGUCUACGCUAAUUUACAUUUGAUGGAUAUGGGUGGCCUGAAUGCUUUCAAAGAAGCUGAGAAACUAAUACGACAUCUUAACUUUGGUGAAAUUCCAACGGAAAUACUAACAGAAUCAGACUAUAAUGGCACUUGUCCAACAAAUAUCGUAGACUGGUGUCAGCCGAAUAAAAUCAGAUUUGUUACCUGCAAAGAUGUCAGUAUAGCAAACUUCAUCGAAGCCCAUGAAGCGGCCAUGAAAAUAAAAUAUAAACUUAUAGCUGCCACUCACAGUAAUAACACAUAUAUUUUGCGAGAGGCUCCUAGAUAUUCGGCGGUUUAUGAAGCAAUACCAGGAUUUGUUUCGUUGCUUUCACUAAAUCCACAUUCACUUGAUCGCGCAGGUCUAUAUCCCUUGGAUAAGUUUACCUAUAAUCCAAACUAUCAUCGACUGGUUCUUCAAUUAAUUAUUGCAUUACGUGAUCUACCCAAAUUAAAUUUUUAUAUGGCUGCUGAUGAGUGGCGACUUCGAUUAUUGAUGGGAAAAAUUCCAAUGCCACAAAUAUUUGAUAGUUGGAGAGAAUUUCGGAAAAACUUCUCGUACAUAGAGUCCUCUAAUGACGAUGUUCUGGGAGAUCCGUAUGUUCUAACAAAUAAGCCUCUUGUGGGAAAGUUCAUGGGUCUCAUAUUGAAAUAUCAACUAUACCAGUCUUUCGCUGAAGAACUAAUGCUAGAUGAUUCAGAUUUGAUAUCACAUGUAGCUGACCGUAAUCAGCGUUUAGUUGAUGUUAUGAUGCAAGGAUAUGACUUGGUUUGGACAGAAAUGGUGAGUGACUUACUGGCAAAACGGGAAAAUGGCCUAGAAUAUACAGCCAUGACAGACUACUUCAGGCUCCUCGAUGAAUACCUAGAUAGCCAAUUAGAUCCCGCUAGUGAAACUAACUUUGAUGACUACGUAGAGCCACCAAGUGAAGUUGAUGAUAGCCAAAAUGAAAUAUUUGUUGAACCAGAAAUUACAAAUAAAGAAGUUGUUCAUGAGGAGGUACAAACACAUGAAAACAUAGAUGAGAACAUUAUCGAUACUGACGAUGAAUCAAAUGCCAAAUUUAGCCUGGAAACGUCUACAGUUGGAGUUCUAGAGAUAAAGAAUCCUGUACCAGCUGAAGAUCAAAAAAAUACAGAAGGGAAUCCCACAGAGGCAUCGUAUAAUGUUUACUGGUGGUUAGGAGUUGGUGUAGCUAUAACUGUUCUUGUGAUACUAGUAGCUAUAAUAGUAAGAAAACGACAUAAUCAUAGGAAACAGCUAGAAAGACAAAGAAGACAACACACGCGUGCCUGAUUGGACGAAUAUCGGUUCUAGGCAAAGAGCCGAUAUUGCGUUUUGUUCGGACUUUUAUAGUAAAAUGACACUAGGUGAAGUGUCAAGUACAAAUUAAGUAAUUCAUGUUGUCUCACGUGGUUUUAUGUUUCUUUAAUAGUAUUUUAAGUUAGUUUCACUCUCUGGUGCUCUUAUUCUAAUAAUUCCAUCAUUCAUUAUUCAUUUCAAUUUAAUCUUCAUGUAAUAUAAUAUAGUAUAGUAAAUUGUAUAAAUAAAUAGAGAGAAAAAAUAUUUUUGUACAUAUCACAAUUUGUCAAAGUAAUAAUGAAUGUUACCAGAUGUUUAAAGAUAAGUAUUUAUAUUUAGGAUGUAAUUUCGCUGUGCCUUAAGCGUUUCAAUUUCUUUUAAUUUAUAUUAUUAAUGAAAUAAGAGUGAUCAAAUUUGUAUCAUAAUAUAUGAGAUAAAUUUUUAUAAAUAUAUUUACUGUGCGGUAUCAUGAUCAAGUUUUUUUGGUGUUUAUGAAAUAUUUAAUUUUAUACCUUUUUGUGUUUUUGUGUAACGUAUCUACUAAAACUAUCAUAAACGUUGUUUUGGAUCAAUAUUUAUGUACUUAUCAAUUAAAUUAAAUAUUAUUAUUGUGUUAGUAUUUUUUAAUGUGGGAAAAGUACAUAAUAUGUCAGAAUCGAUUAAAAAUAAAUGUUUUAAACAUU